AUGAGUGCCGAGCUUUUACUCUUUAUCAACGAUCUCACAGCCUUUUACACCAAAAUCAUUCUCCGCAAUGAAUACGCUCUGACCUACCUCGAUAACAAUUAUCAUUCAUUGGUGUUUGUGGGUGGAAUAGCCUUUCUUCUAUGGACUCUUCUGCUAGUGGUUCCAAUCUAUGCAGUGAUUUGGUUAUGGGAUGUUCGGAAUUGUUAUCGGUUGAUCCGUAAAGAUGGACUUCCCAAUCUCACCAAUUUGGAAGAAGAGCAAAAUAACAAUGAUGAUGACGAAGAGGAAUAUGCCAGUAAUAAUCUUGAUGAGCGCCGUAUUAAACUGAGAAGAAAAUUAUUCAAACGUCAGAACGAAGGCUGUUGUCGAAAGUUUUUAAAUGUGUGUGGUAGUAUUGGUCUCUUUGUUGCGUGUGUGUUGAUUGCGUAUAUGCUCGUGAUGAAUUCAACCUUCAAUAGAGUUCAUUUCAUGUGGAUUGGAAUCAUUGCCACUGGCUUCUUCAUCGCUUAUAUACUGAGUGUCUAUGUGCUGGAUUGGAAAUGGAUGUUGGUGUUAAUUUAUUACAGGGUUUUCAAGAACGAGGACUUGUCAAAUUUCUCAUCCUUGUCCACACAUGUUGAAUUGAAUGACACAGAUGCACAGCAGGAUGAAACGUUGUUGCAGUCACAACCACAGGGUGACAUGAAAAAUAAGCUGAGAAAGCGAAGUCCCGCCUCCUCUUUGAGCAAACUUGAGUUGUUGUGUUUGGAUGUGGUGAGCUCAAGAAUUGCAAAAAGACCCAAGUUGACAGCCAUUGUUGUGAUUUCUUUGGUGGGAAUCUUUUUCCUCAUUUCAACAUUGAUUUCAUAUUUUCUUUAUCAUAUUUGCAUUGCAUACGAUCCAAUUGAAAUUUCAACAUUAUUUUCUAGAACUGUACUCUCAAAGAGAACUUGUGAAUACGAAGAGAUCUGUUAUACCUAUUUAACUGUUCCUGAAAAGAUGAGCUCAGCGAUGAUUGUUAAUUUCCAAGUUUCUUCGAGUCUUUUCUAUAAAGGAUUUGUAGAAUUCAGGAAAUUUGAUCCACAAGAGGAAUUAAACCUUGCAGCUUCUGUCACAUUCGACAAGAACAAACAGGCCAGUUGCUUUUUGAUGGAAAAUAUUUUCGAAGAAACGAGAUAUCAAUGCUAUGCUGAAUUAACAGAGUUAGAAUCUGGCUCAUCCUACAUCAUAAGGGCAGCUUAUUCACAAUUCCAAACGGAUGAUAGUAGUGGAGUUCAUUAUGGUUCACUUGUGAAAUUCAGAACUACUCCAUCCGAAGAAGAUAAUGAUUCUUUAGAAAAUAUUGCCUUUAUCAAUGGUGGAGACUUGUCUUGGAGAAAUCCAACCAUUGCUCUCGGAAAAUAUAUCAACAUGAUGGGUUACACUGAAAAAUCAAUUGCUCCCUACUUUGCCAUUGUUGGUGGAGAUGUGGGUUAUGACAAUGGUUGUGCAGCUUGCUAUCGAAGAUGGGACGAUUGGUUCCAUUAUUGGGCUCAACACAUGACCACCACUAUUCAGUAUGGAUCGGUUAAUCAUACGUAUGCUCUACCAAUUAUUACAGCUGUUGGAAAUCAUGAGUCAGGAAAUUUCUUGAGACCUCGCUCAGAUGAUGCAUUCUAUAUUCGAUAUUUUCCAAUGUCUAUUACUGGAGAGACUGAGCGAAUUGCAAAGGAUCCCCAAAUGACAAGAAAGCUUCAACAUGUGCAUUAUCUUUCAAAACAUACAAUGAUUGUAGUUUUAGAUAGUUGGGUGCAUGACUCACCACAAGAUCAAAUCGAGUACAUUACUCAAAUCUUUGAGAAUACUCCACCUAACAAGUAUAGAAACAGAAUUAUUGUGAUUCACCAUCCAAUGUACACAUCGGCAAAAUAUAAGUCCUUAAUUGCAAAAGAGAUGAUCGACAAGUGGGAGUCUCUGUUCCUUAAAAUGAAUGUUACCUCUGUGUUUGAGAACCAUGUGCACACAUACAAACAAACCUAUCCUUUAAAAAACGGCACAAUUGUCACAAAGAAAAGCUCAGACAAUUCUAAUGGAGCUUCUUUUACCUACACCAAAGUUCCAGAACAAUACAAUCAACAUGGUAUCAUUUAUGUGGGUGAUGGAAGCUGGGGAGUGACCUUCUGGAAUGUAGAAAUGGAUGUAAAAAAUCCAAUAUUUAGACAAAUUGGAGCCCUUAGUCACGUUUAUCAUGUCAAUACGAGAUUGUUGAAUUCUGGAACAACAGCAUUAGAGUUAUCUGCUCUUGGAUAUAACAGCACUUGCGGAGCAAUUUACCAGGUUGAAGGCUCGAAACUUAGAAUUCUUACUGUGUAA